AUGGAAAACGUGUGUGGCAGCAGUAAUUGUCAGCGGGGAAGUGGUUACAACAGAAGGUACUGUUGUGUGGUUGGGUGUCACAACCGCGAGGGUGACACUGACAAAAAGACUGGGCUGCGACUCAAGUUUCAUCGCUUCCCGGGCCGAGGGAUGGAAGCCGAACGACGACAGCGGUGGGUAACGGCGAUCCGACGAUCAAGGCAUGACGGGGGCCUGUGGUCGCCAAACAGCAACACCCGCAUAUGCGCGGCGCACUUCGUAGGUGGUGUAAAAGCUGACGAAGAGCCGAGCCCCUCUUACGUGCCGUCGAUAUUUCCUAAAGUGUAUGAAAGGUCCACAAGAAACCCGGAUGCAAUGACAGCGCGAUAUGCAAGGGCUGCAGAGAGAAGCAACAGAAUGUUGCUGCAUGGCGAAAAAAGUCCUGAGGUGCGGCCAGACAGACCCAGAUACCCACUGCAAAUGUCCUUGAAAAAUGUGACUGUGGACAUCCAUCCAAAAGAAGACUGGUCUGGCCUUUCCGACCUAGCUGUUCCUGCGUCUCCACAUCCACAAAGGUGCCAACAAGACUUCACUACAAGUGACUCAAUUGACCACACAGAGGUUGCUGUGGGUCAUUCAACUGUCGACAGCUGCACACAGACGGAAGCUGAUGAAGAUGCCGGAUGCCAGUUUUCCGUCCUGUUUGCCUUCGUGGGUCACGGCUGUGCGGAAACACAGCUCAGCCAUGCCUCAACAGCUACAAAGGAUACGCAGUGCAUGCCCCUCGUGGAGUCUGCUGUUGGAGACAAAGAACGCGAGUGUGUGCUCAGCGGCUACAACUCCAUAAAGGACGAUCCUGAAGCCCUCGAGGACCUAACCAGUGUUUCAGCAAAUGUCUUCGCUUUGUUGCUCAGCCUCCUGUCUGUGUUAAGGGCUCGUAGUUGCGACAUCACAGCACCGAACGCAUUGCUCCUUUUUUUAAUGAAGAUGAAGUUGGGAGUGUCUUUCACGUCGUUGGGAGCUCUGUUCUCUGUGCACAAGUCAACCGCUUCAAGAGUAUUUCAUCGCGUUUUGAACGUACUAACUGCUUCAACGAGAGACUGGAUAUACACUCCGCCCCCAGAUGUCCGACAGGCAAUGAUGCCAGAAUGUUUUAAACUGCACUAUCCAAAAUGCAAAUAUAUUAUUGACUGUACAGAAAUCAAAACUGAGACUCCGCCAACAGUGGAACAGCAGCGAGCUUUAUUUUCACGGUACAAAGGAACCUUCACAUUGAAGUUUUUGGUGGGUAUUGUGCCGAGCGGUCAAAUUGCGUUUGUUUCUGCUGCAUAUGGGGGGCGCACCAGUGACUCAGAAAUUACUGUUCAGUCAAGGUUCUUAGACCUGAUACAGCAUGGUGACAUUGUUCUGAGCGAUAAAGGAUUUCCAACUAUCCGAUCAGCUAUUGAAGGCAGAAAUGCCAUCCUGGUCAUGCCACCCUUUGCAUACGGGAACAGUCAAUUUUCACAACAGGAGGUGGAAGGAACAUACUGUAUAGCCAGUGUACGCAUCCAUGUAGAGAGGGCAAUACAGCGGAUAAAAGUGUACAAUAUCUUGAACAAUAGAGUGCCUGUAACCUUAAUACCGGACAUGUCAGAUGUUUUUCACAUGUGUUGCGUGCUAGCAAAUUUUCAGCGGCCCAUUAUCAAGAAGUGA